UGUCAUUGUCAGUUGUGUCAGUCAGUCGGUUGGACUAUUUGCUUAUUUUUGAGUUUGUCUUGUGCACACUUCCCAUAUGAUUGUAUUUUUCGAGACGGUCACUGUUAUUCCAACUUCUUUAUACGAAUACAAUGAAUUUAAUUUUAUUGCUUUUAAAUUCGAAUGACAGUUUGAGUGUAUUUGCGAAGUCGAACGUUAGGAAUGUGUGAAAUAAUGAUCAGAUGAUUUCAAACCAUAUGCUACAGGUUUACGAAACAUUCUUCCAAGUUAUAUUGAGAGCAUCGGCAGAAAAAUAAUAAACAUUCAGGUGUGUUAGAUACCGAGAUUUUAAAUGAGACCGGAAAAGGAGCUGAAAGACCUUCAAAUGAAUAAAAAUGUCAACAGAAGGAAGUGGAGAAACUCCUUCGGUACCGAGUUUGCCAGGGGCGCCAGAACAAACAUACCUUUUUCCGAAAGUGAAAGGACACUCGAGAUCCAUCAGUCAUGGAGGACAGCCAAUGUUGGCCGGACCGACCAGCACACGGCCGCCACUCAAAUCGGCAAUGCGAGGGCACCAGCGCGCUCUGUCACACGGACAGAUUGGAGAAGGCCAGCGCGCUGCCCCCGGCCCCGGCCACAGUCGGACCGGUAGUCGCACUGACUUUAUACUACCACCAGGUCAUCGGGAACCAGUUCCAACAAGUGCUCAGCCACGGCUAUCGUCGGUGAAAGGUCAUCACUCCCGCCAGGCUUCGAGGUCGGACUCCAUUUACACCCUCCGGCGAGCCUCAGUGGUAGCGCCGUGGCGUAGAGCUGUGUUCUGGCUCAUGCGCCGCCAACAACCGGCUGUUGAUAACAGACAUCUCAUUGUUAUCCCAAACCAUCUGGUACCAGACAAGACACCACCUAAAGAUCACCCGAAUGGACAAAGGUGCAACAACAAAAUCAGGACUACUAAAUACACAUUGCUCUCCUUCUUACCAAAAAACUUAUUCGAACAGUUUCAUAGGAUUGCCAAUGUUUACUUUAUAUUUAUUGUGUUAUUAAAUUGGGUGCCGGCCAUCAACGCUUUUGGCAAGGAAGUUGCGAUGCUACCAGUGUUGUUUGUGCUCGGAGUGACCGCUAUAAAGGACUUGUUCGAAGACCGUCGGAGACAUCUCUCCGAUAAGAGGAUCAAUAAUUCAUUCUGCAGGGUUUACAAAAAAUCGGUUGAGAGAUACGUUCGUGUCAAAUGGCGGGAUGUUCGAGUUGGAGACCUGGUUCAUCUGUCCAACAACGAGGCAGUGCCAGCGGACAUGGUCCUGCUGCACUCCUCGAACCAGUCAGGGCUGUGCUACCUUGACACCUGCAACCUGGACGGUGAAACGAAUCUCAAACAACGUAUGGUAGCUCCUGGGUUCAAAGACAAGCGAUUGGAGUUUUCCCCUAUGAAAUUCCGUAGCUCCGUGGAGGUGGAGCGGCCGUCCACGAAGAUUUAUAGGUUCAACGGGACUAUAUCACACCCGGACGGUACUCGAGUUCCGCUAAACUCUGAUAACCUCCUGCUGAGAGAAUGCACAAUCAAGAACACGGAUUACAUUGAAGGCAUCGUCGUGUACGCGGGACAUGAAACAAAGGCCAUGCUCAACAACGGCGGGCCGAGAUACAAAUGUUCCAAGUUAGAGAAAAAAAUGAAUACCGAUGUUAUCUGGUGUGUUCUGGUGUUGCUGUUUCUCUGCUGUGCUGGUGCUGUUGGCUGUAAAGUGUGGUUGGACUUCUACAACCCAGCCGUCAUGAAAUACACGCCUUUCAUACCGUACGCAGAGAAACCAGCUUACGAAGGCCUGCUGAUAUUUUGGACGUACAUCAUAGUCCUUCAAGUGAUGAUACCGGUGUCGCUAUACGUUACUAUAGAAAUGACGAAGCUGUUGCAAGUCUACCACAUACAUCAGGACGUUGAGAUGUAUGAUUCGGUUACAAACACGCGGACUGAGUGCCGGGCGUUGAACAUAACGGAGGAGUUGGGGCAGGUCAGUUAUUUGUUCAGCGACAAGACCGGCACCUUGACCGAGAAUAAGAUGGUCUUCAGGCGGUGUACGGUCGGCGGGGUUGACUACGACCAUCCGCCCGGGCCAGAUGCCGCGCCCUCCAGCUCCUUACCGCCCAUCGUCACUCCGAUAACAAAAGUCUCACCCAACAGAAGAUUGCUUCAACAUCUUCUAGACAGCAACGACCCUCAACACACGCAUAAGGUCUCCGAGUUCCUCUUGAUCCUGGCUGUUUGCAACACGGUGGUGGUGAGCCAGCCUCACGUGGACGCUAUGCAGAUGAGCACGAGCAGCGAGCACGUGCGCAAGCCGACGAGGAACGGAACGCUCCGAUCAAACGAUAAGUACGCUAGAUUAACUGAAUCUCGGUCCACAACGCCGUCCCCGCCGCCCUCCACCACCUCCCCGCUGCGUCUCCGCCUUCCCAAACUACCGUUCAGCAGUCGGGAAGACAGCAUCAGCGAGCCGAGCACGUCGGCUGAAAUACAGCUGGCGCGUUUCGAGGCUGAGAGUCCGGAUGAGUUGGCCUUAGCGGAGGCGGCCUUAGCCUACGGUUACGAGUUAAGAGGACGGUCGGUGGAUGAAGUGGAGCUGGGGAUACGAGGGGAACUGUCCAAGCUGAAGGUGGUCAGGGUCCAACAAUUCGACUCCAACAGGAAAUGUAUGUCCGUCGCCCUGAGAACACCUACAGGACAGGUAGUUUUAUACGUGAAAGGAGCGGAUAGUAUGGUGUUGGGAGCACUGGCGCCCAUGAGAGCCGGAUCUGCAGAAGCGGCCGCCUUGGAAAGAACCAAGUCGCUAUUACUGGAGUACUCACGAGCGGGUCUUCGCACACUGGUCAUGGCAAAACGAACGAUGCAACCCGCUCUGUGGGAGGAAUGGCUGGCUGGACACACCAGGGCCAGCGAAAUUGGCGAAGGUCGAGAAAAACGCAUGCGAGAGUCGCUGGCAAGGUUAGAGAGCGCGCUAACCUUAGUAGGGGCGACGGGGGUCGAGGAUCGUCUUCAGGAGGACGUUCCACGCACUGUUCGGGCGUUACUCGACGCUGGUAUCGUGGUAUGGGUUCUGACCGGAGACAAGCCGGAGACGGCCAUCAACAUAGCUUACUCAGCGGCUUUGUUCUCACAGAGCGACAGACUGCUGCAUCUCAUGUCGAGGGACAAGGAGCACGCCGAGUCCACUAUCAAGAGUUACCUGGAGGGCGGCGCGGUGGAGGGCGGCGGUGGUCGCGCGCUGGUGGUGGACGGCCGCACCCUCACCUACAUCCUCGACCGCCGCUCCGGCCUGGUGGCGCCCUUCCUCUCACUGGCCAGGCGCUGCUCCGCCGUACUCUGCUGUCGGGCCACGCCGCUACAGAAGGCUUAUAUCGUCAAGGCUGUUAAAGAAGAACUCGGAGUUACGACGCUAGCUAUAGGGGACGGUGCCAAUGAUGUGUCUAUGAUUCAGACAGCCGAUGUUGGUGUUGGUCUCUCAGGUCAGGAGGGUCGCCAGGCGGUGAUGGCCUCGGACUUCGCCCUCCCCCGCUUCAAGUUCGUGGAGCGCCUGCUGCUCGUCCACGGUCAUUGGUGUUACGACAGGCUCGCCAGGAUGAUACUCUACUUCUUCCUUAAGAACGCUACGUUCGUGUUCCUCGUGUUCUGGUACCAGUUGUACUGCGGCUACUCCUCGUCCGUGAUGAUCGACCAACUCCACCUCAUGGCGUACAACCUCGCCUUCACAGCCUUCCCGCCCAUAGUCAUAGGUGCGUACGACCGCGUAGCUCCCAGCGGCCUGCUGUCGGAGCGGCCGGGGCUGUACAGCGCGUGUCGCCGCGGCCUGUCCUACAGGGCUCACUCGUACUGGCUGGUGUUGGCGGAGUCGGUGUACAUCAGCGUCGUGAUCUUCUUCACCGCCAAACAGGCCUACUGGGACUCGGACGUAGACCUCUGGCUGUUCGGCCUCUGUAACAUGACCUGCUGCCUCGUCAUCAUGCUGGUGUACGUCGCCAUAGAGACCAGGAGCUGGACUGUGAUCCACCUGCUGGCCCUGACGGGUUCCCUGGGCUCGUUCUUCCUGCUGACCCUGGUCUACCAGACGGUGUGUGUUUCCUGCUUCAAGCUACCCUCCACAUACUUCGUGAUGCAUCACGCCUUCGUCGACCCAGUCUACUGGCUGGUCGUCAUCGUCACUACGGUGGCGGCGUUGGCGCCCAGAUUAACAUGGCACGCGAUCCGUAACUCCGUUCGUCCGGGUGCUCUCGGGCGGGCCGUGCUCGCCAGGCGGCGGCGGGCCCGGCCGUACGCCGCACACUACCACACGCCCUCCGCCUCCGCACACGUUUACAGAGCCACGGACGAGGACGGGCUGCAGAAGACUCAGCCGGACGUGACGGCCAUCACGUGACGCGGGGGACGGCCUCCAACACCUCUGACAUUAACCACUAGGCUGUGAUCUGUCGUUAGAAACUAAUGUAUUGUAAUUGUAGUGAUAAUAUAUUGUGCUUUUAUACGAUACCGCGGGACCAAUGCGUCGGUUUGUUAGUCGGACCCGGGCCGAGCCUUCCAUUGUCGGCGACUUUUAUAUCGAGUAUUUUAUUAGCGAGCCUAUGGACGGCGCCUCGGAGCCGCGCGUCCGAUGGAUCUGCCAAUGUAUGUGUUAGUAGAACUCCUUACGGUCUAAUGUGUUCAACGUUCAAUGGUACUUAUUCUUUACCGACGCCUCGCCGACCCUAAGUCCGAGUUCCGGCGUCAGUCGCCGGUUCCAGACGAGCUCGUCGGUGUUGUUCGUUAGUAUCACAUAUAAUAUUAAAUUAAUGAAAUUAUAUUUUUAUGAAUUAGACAUUUGGCUUCCUUCGUGUCAUAGCUUUUAACGUACUUGCCUUGUCGGUGACUGGUGGUGUCUAGACCUUACAUUAUUCGUUCAUAUCCGGUGCUUCGUUGGAACGUCUUCGUUAUCUACAUUUGUCUUGCCACAGAUUAAAACAACGUAAAAUUCAAAACCAAAAGUUAUGUGUUACUAAAAUCUGCCUUUUGUCAUUAUCAUCUUGAAGUAACCGGAUGUGGAUUUAAGAUGAGAAAUACACCCUUCUUGAGGUCAGCAUACAUUCCAGCUACAUUUAAUAGUCUGGUUAUUUAUGACGCUUUUUGUUUUCGUCUGUCGAACUGUAACGUCUUAUAUAUAUAUUUGUUUAACUCUCUUUACAAGUGCCUUGUGUAGUGCCCGUGCCUGUGUAUUUCUCUCGACACUGCCUAGAUGUAGAUUCCUAAAGAUUUGACUAUUUUUAAUACUGUUUCUAGUUGUACAUACAUAACAGAUAUAUAUUUCUACAUUGAUAAUAAUUGUUAUAUGUACAGUAGGAUAUUUUUAUAUUUAAUAAAUAUUCUUGUAAAUACCUUGUAUGUUCUAAGACUGUUGUUUAUUUAGAGCUUUUAAUUUGUUGAUUUUAAACUAAACUGGUGGAUAUGAUGUACUAUGUAUUUUCCAGUCAUUCCGACAAACUAGCUCGUCCGAGACGUAGAUCUUGCCAUAAGUCUCUUUUUAAUAUUCCUAUGUUUAACAGACAAAGGCAUUUAUGAUUCAGUCUUUAAAUAAAUAUAUUAUAGAGAUUGAAAUACAAAUUAAUUUAUAUCUAAAAUCAUGGCGAUGAUCAAAAUGGCAUUUAUAUAAAAGUAAUUAUGUUAAAAAUUACAGUUUAAAUUUGACGCAAUAUAUAAUUAAUUUAUUUCUAGUCUUACCAACGAAUAGUAUUUCGUCAUAUCUUAAGUUGUGAUCUAAAAGUCAUAUAUGACAAUACUACAGAAUAUUUAUAAUGCCCUUAUAAAUCAUUGGUGUCAUUGAUAAAAAUGUAACGAAUCAGUUUCUGUAAGGGAGACCGUUUGAUGUUGGCACAGGCCUCAUCAGGGUACAGCCUAUACAUUUAUAGAAUAUAAUAUUUUCAGGGGGAAAACAUUAAAAAUUCAAAUAAACAAUUAUAUUGCAUUAUAUAGAAAUGUUAUAUAACAGAGGAAUCGUGCACAUUAUCACAGAAAACAAUGUAACGGGAUAGUUUUGAUAUCUUUAUACCAGUGGCAUGCUUUGCUAAUCUAUGACACAGAUAUAUAUUGCAAUGUUAUCACACGGCCAACUUUAAAUUACAGAGAAUACAAACAAUCACAGCGGUGACUAGAAAAUACAUUUAUAUUCAUACAUGCAUACAUACAUACAUGUUUUUAAUAAUAACAAGAUACUAAAUUUCUUUUUU